UGCUCCCCGCGCCGUGACUCACCCACCGCCCGCCCCCGCCGCGCCGGAGGGAGGGAGAGAGGGGCGGAGCGGCGGCGGGAGCGGCGGGAGAGGGGGGGCGGCCGCGCCGCGUACAAAGCGCCGCCGCCGAGGUCACCGCGCCGGCCCGUGUGGGGGAGCGGCAUGGAGGGAGCCGGGGCGCUGCUGGCCCGCUGCCCCGCCGGCGGGCUGGGCGUCACCGUGUGCGCCGCCGCGGCCGGGCUGCUGCUGUACCGCAUGGCGCGGAGGAAAAAGCCCACACACGUGACUGUGAACUGCUGGUUCUGCAACCAGGACACAGUGGUGCCCUAUGGGAAUCGCAACUGCUGGGAUUGCCCCAACUGCGAGCAGUACAACGGGUUCCAAGAGAAUGGAGACUACAACAAGCCCAUCCCUGCUCAGUACAUGGAACACCUUAACCAUGUUGUAUCAGGUGCUACGACUUUCUGUGAUCCUACCAAACCGCAACAGUGGGUGAGCAGCCAAAUUCUCCUUUGCAAGAAGUGCAACAACCAUCAAACCACGAAGAUCAAACAGCUGGCUUCAUUCUCACCAAGGGAGGAGGGGAAAUACGAUGAGGAGAUUGAGGUGUAUAAGCACCAUCUGGAGCAGACCUACAAGCUGUGCCGUCCAUGCCAGGCUGCUGUGGAGUAUUACAUAAAACAUCAGAAUCGGCAGCUCCGGGCGCUGCUGCUCAGCCACCAUUUCAAACGCCGUGAGACAGACAAGACCUACACUCAGAAUUUAUCUUCAUCCUCCUCUUCUGCUUCCAUAACCACACCAGCUCAGGUGAUAUUUCUGCGGUUCUUGGCCUUCCUCAGCUGCGCGCUCCUGGUUCUGAUGGCCUUAUAUGGCUCAGGCGACCCCUUCUCGCUCAGUGCAGCGGUCCCUGCUCCUGUCUCCUCCGGUCCAGCGUCCCUUCAGAACAGGACUGACACCAGCUCACGUGCAGACUCGGAAAAUGACACUUCCAUGGUGGUGGCAGGCUGGCAGGAGCUGCUCCGCCUGCUCCCAGAACAGAUGGUGGAGAACCUGAGUGCCGCAUGGGCUUACGGGAAGAAUCACCAGAUGGCAGUCGCUGUCCUUGGGCUGUUCACCUGCCUCUUGGCCAUGUUCUUAGCCGGGCGGAUCAGGCUCCGGAGGAUUGAUGCGUUUGCUUCAGUCUUGUGGUUCGUAGUGAUGAGUCUACAUUUAGCUGAGAGAUACCUGAAGACAGAAACACCCAACUGGCUGGACACAGCCAAAUUUGGCACCACGUCCUUGUGCUGCUUGGUGGGCUUCACCGCAGCUGUGGCCACGCGGAAAUCAACGGGCCAUCGGAGAUACCGGCCCCGAAGGUACCUUUCUGGGGAUUCGAUCACUCUCUUUCCCAACGGCACUGGGACCGGCUUCCCUUCCUCCGCAACGUCUCUCUUUGUCCCAACACCACCCAGUAUUCUCCAGCUGACAAACCAACAGCUCUUCAGAUCCCCACGCGCUAUUUCGUCUUCCUCUCUCCCUGGUCGGCUCAACAGGGCGCUCUCGCUGGGCACCAUCCCCUCCUUGGCUAGAGCAGAUUCUGGCUACUUGUUCAGCGGGAGCCGACCAGCCUCGCAGUCAUCUCAGUCCAAGGAAUCUCCUACAUCAGAGCACUUCUCCCUGCUGUCGGGCAGCUGUGCUCCCUCCCGCAUCCCCUCUCCAGCACCGUCGGUCGCUGGCUCUGUGGCUUCCAGCUCCGGUUCCUUGCGGUACCGCCGGCCGCUCAUCAGCCCUGCCCGCCUGAACCUGAAAGGCCAGAAGCUGCUGCUUUUCCCAUCGCAGAAUGAGGCUCUGCUCACCCCAACUAGCUCAGAGGAGCACACCCACUCGGACAGCAACAUCUUUCCCACCGAGUUGUCCUCCUUUCCGAAGAAGAACCUCAGCGAGCGGGGAAUGCAAGAUAUGAGAUCCGCUGUGGAAGGAGGGAGUAUUUGCAGUGAUAACUCCAUCAAGAAGGAGGAUCACUCAUCACACUCGUCUACCUGUGUGGUAGACACAACUACCAAAGGGGAAGAUUUGGCAGGCUGGAGAGGUCAUUUUGGUAACUCUGCUCUGCGAGGUCUGCUAGCCGUGAGUCUGACUCUCAAUGCUAUCUUCACAUCAGCCUAUGUCUACCGGAGCCUGCGUUGAUUUGCGCCAACACUCCCUUUCUUUGUGGUUCCACCCGCUUCUCAGAAGACAAGAAGAAUUCAACCACAGCUUCGUGUCUAAUGGCCAUGCCACCGGUGCAUGCUGUUUUUAAAAUCCUGUUGUAUGCUCAGCUGUCAUGACAAGGAACCCAGGUAGCUGCUGCCAUUGCUUUUCAGUAGAACAUAUCCCAGGGUUGUCCCUGGAGGUGGCAGGCAGAAGUCCCAGAAAGCUCCAUUCAAAGCAAGAGGCCAGUCAAAUGGCCCAUGCGCUUUCUUUCAAAGGAACUGACCUGAGACACAAGCCUGAAAAUGUGUAAGCUAUGUUUUUGGGAACCUAUCCCUUGCUCUUCUUUCUGACAUAUUAACCUUGGUCCUGAUGGUACUGGUAAAAUUAGGAGAAUUAGAACAAAUGAGCUGGAGAAGAGGGAUGGCUUUGGUAGCUGGUGCUGCGCAUUGGCUGCUGUAACGGCAUCCCCAGUGGUUCCUCUUCUCUCUUCCCUUUGGCAUUCUCCUCUAAAUUACCAGUGAAUUUUCUUUAGUUGCCUUAAGCUUGCCUAAGCACGUGGGUGACCUUGGCUGCUCUGUCAUAUUCUUGCAUCUUCUAUGUCCAUGUGCUUCCACCUGGGCUGUGCCCUGAGGCCGCUUUCACCAGUUGCCAUUCUGGUCAUGCUGGUUCUCAGAAGCUCCUGUCUGUUCACACCUCCAACCACUGCUGUUGUUGUAGGUGUGCACAAACCCCAGACAGUCAUCCUCUCGUGGUUUGCUUUAGGAAGAGGAAGCUUGCGCUUUGCGUUAGAAGCUAAUUCUGUAAGAAGAAAGAAUCCCUGCGUGAUUUGCACCACAAAGAGUGCUCACAGCUCUUUUGACUGCUGCUGUUUUCACUGAAGCAGCGAGUGGCAUCGCUUGUUCUUGCUGUAAAUCGCACAAAUUAUUCUAUUAGAAGGUACAUGAGAAGCUGAUUGUAUACAUUUAUCCAGAAACCUGAAAGCUCAGUCUGAUACUGGUAUUUGCUGAGUAACCAUUUAUGAUAUUUCUUACUUAGUUAAAUGCCAAGGUGCUCUCAAUGAGAAAUGCAAGCCUGUUUCUGGACAGUUCAGCCUUCUGGAUAGAUUUAUUUUCUAACCCAAAGGAAGUAGCCCUAGAUUUUCAAAAGCGGUUUAUAAUUUGGGAGCUUCUGCUUUUGGGUGAGUCUUCAACAUUGCUUAGAAUUCAGGGGGCCAUUUAGAGUAUUGUGCUGAAUACUCAAAAUCAUUUAGUACAUCUUAGGAAAAAAAAUAUUGAUCUUUUAUGUUUUGAUUCUUAAAUCCCAAGUGCAGAGACAAUAUUUACCAAUGUGUCAAGAAUACCUGAUGAAAAGAGAAGCCAAUUGACAUUAACUAUGUAUUUCCUGAAGCAGGACUGACUCUGUCAAGAGUUUUUAUAUUGUCUCUUCCUUUGGGCUCCUUUAUCUCCGACUUGUUUCUCGCUCCUCUCCCUCACCCCAUUGUCUUGUGUUUGCAUCUUGAAUUACAGAGUUGAUGUUUGUUGUGUCUUUUCCUCCCUUUCAGUUCUGCUGCUGUUCCCUCUACUGUACUCUUGCAUGUGCACAGAAACAAAGUGUAUCUCUGCUGAUAAUUCUCUGCUUUGAACCUGAAAUUCACACCUCAGAGUGAUGAUCACCCUUCCUUUCACUUCAUUUUUUGUCUUGCACGUUUUAAUUGAGUUCCUUCCACAGCCUCACUUAGUACAUCACACGAAUGAUGGCCAGACUCUCGUCAGCAUGCUAUGUGCCAGAUUAAAUCACAGAAUCACAAAUGGGGCUUUACUGCUGCUGAUUCAAGCACUGAAAAAUUAAGUCCUGCUUUAUCUCUUCCAUUUCUUCCUGCAUUGUUUCAGCAGCUCCCCAUCCUCCCUUGUUAACGAGACCUGUUCAUCAGCUGCUCUGCGUCUUCCGGGCAGAGGACAGAGCUCUGUGGCGAUGUCAUUCCUGACUCUGCGUCUUUCUCUGAGCCUCUUGGGAGCGUUGGGAAAGGGCAGAACCAGCACCUCCUGUGCAGGGAUGGGUGCAGGACAGAGACCCGCAGCAGAAAGGUGUGCUGCAGGUUGAUGAUUCGUUCUUUUGCAACUUGCAUGAAUUGUUACUUGUAGCCAAACCUGACCCAUAACUGUGCUGUUCAAAGAUUUUUGUCCCUUCUAUAGACUUCUGCAGUCUCCCCUGAGCAUGUGUGUAGGCAAGGUGCUAGCAGACCAACUUACAAGCUUCUGUUUAGACCUCUGCUGUUUGAGUUUGAUGUCCUGGUACAGUGUGUGACAUCCCAUUCACGGAUCCUUGUCCUGACUUCCAGCAUACCCGGGGGCCUCCUAUGCAGAGACAAGCCUGCCAGAGAAUUCUGUGGGUUUGCUUGUCUUUAUUACUCCAACAGAUGUGCACUGUGACUUCAUGUAUGCAAACUUUCCACUUCCACCUCCCAGUCUGCGCCGACUUUUACCAUCGCGCUCACCUGGAGUCCAAGCUGGUCUCUGUUUCUGCCAGAUUGCAAUACAAAUUUUCUCCUCCUUCCCAGCGACCAAGGAGCUGCAGCCUCUCAACACACCUCUUCUUGCCCGUGUUCCAGAACAGAACACUUCAACCUGUCUCUGCACUUGUCAAUCUGCUCACUGAAACUGUUCCUGGAAGGAAGGGUGUUUGGUGACUUUGUCCAAAGCAGUAGAAAGACUUUGGAUUUUAUUGCUGAAGAGGGAAGACAACCAAUUUUUUUCAUUCUGGUGCUAGAACACUCUCCAGUGGUGCUUUCACAGUUGUGAAGCCUUCGCUUGAAUAGUACACACGCGUAUACGUGUGUCUGUGUGUGUGUGAAUGCAUGUGUAUGAAAACAUUUGGAGGGUUUCUUCAUUUCAAAAGAUAUGAGCCCAUGUUUGUCUUUAUAUCAUUGGCCUUAAUUAGCUCUGAGAUACUGUGUCUAUCUUGCUGCUGUUUUCUAUAUGAAGCUGGUUUGGAGGAAACAAAAGAUUAUCUGGUCCCCCUGUAAAAAUCUUUGUGACUGAUGAUGUUGAUCUUCAUACAGUGCUGUUCAGGGGCGAGAUUUUAUUUUUCUAAUAUUUUUCCUACUGUAAAAACUGUCGGGAGAGUAUGGAAUGGAAAAGAUCUGUACAAAACAGUUUGGUAAAGGUUUGAGCAUUACUUAAUAAUAACAGCAAUUAAUGAUCAGGUGGGAGAUAAAUGAGUUCCAUUUCCAGACCGUUUCCAUUAACUGCCUUCCCUUCAAAAUGUCCAGGUACUUCUUCUUUGAUAUGGGCUUGUUAGGCAUGUUCUGAGACCUUGCAGAGAUUUUCUAUUCUUUUGUUGUUCCAAAUGAGGAGGAAUUUGGAUGCUAGAGCCUGGCUGCAGUUCCACAGUCUGGGUAGUUUGCCAGAUGUGACAAAUAUUAUGCACAUACCUAUUUGAUGGGGCAGAGAGAAUUGGUAGAACGAGUUGCUGAUUUCUGAAGGUCAUCUUAUCCUUUUACAUAAAAUCUUGGACAUGUAAUUGGUCACUGUGGACUUGCGGGGAAAAACCUCCUUGCUGGCAUAUGUAGGCCAGACUCACUGAGUUUUAGGCUGUCUGCUCAAGCAACAAACGUGGCCUGUGGAUGUUUUAUUCCCACUCUCUCUUCUCGGGUGAUGGGAACAUCUGCCAGCCCUGCUGAGCUGACUGGGUUCCUUAAAACUGGGCAGCUGGAGUCAAGGGCUUGUUUGCCUGUGGAUGCUGCUACAUUUUUUCUUCCAAGCACCAUUCCUGGAAAUAACGAUGGUCUUAACCUCUCUCACAUGCAUUUGUUAGAAGGCUAGAAAGGGCCAAUUUGGCCUUUUUUUUUCUUUUUUUUUUCUUUUUUUUUAAUAUAUUGCAUCUGGAAAUUAUCA